AUGGCCGGUAGCAGCAAGAAGCGCCGACCGCCUUCAUCACCUUCUUCCUCCAAAAUCAGUCCCCAGAAAUCUAAACAGCGCUCCUGUUUACAACGAUCAAGUCACUCGCAACAAAUAUCUAGUCGCUCGGAGAUUGUUCAAGUGGACGAUUCCGACCUUGAUAAUACUCAGAACUCAAAGACAUCCAAGCUUUCCGAUGAAGAAGAGCUUGAGGCCUCGAUGAAAGCAAGCCAAUCCAAAAGUUCAGCAGCCAAUUCCGAGCGUAACUGUGGCGAUUACCGGAGAUCUUGA